ACCCAAAAUAAAUAAAUAAAAAAGAAAAAACAUUUCUCACCAAACUGAAGAAAGUAAAUUUGAACUCUUUGAUUUAUACUCUUUCUUCUUCCUUCUAUACUGUAAUUUUCUUCAAAUCUCUCGCCUUUUCUCUCUCUAGAGACAGUCCCCAUUAAUGGAGAACUCAAAAAAAGCUCUUCUAAUGGCUUCAUCCACUGAUUGCCGGAGCACAAACUGUUCCGGCAGCUCAAUCACCGGCAAUGGCCCCACAAUUCCUUCGCCUCCGGGUCAACCCAUUACCAGAUCCGAACCCGGUAACCUGUACCCGACAACCUUCGUCCAGGCCGACACCUCUUCCUUCAAGCAAGUGGUUCAAAGGCUCACCGGACUCUCCGAGACGACCAAGGUCGGAGCUCCGGCCACCACCCGCAGCCCGAUCCCGCCCGUCAAAACCGGAUCUAACAAGAAGGAAAAAUCCGGGUCGAAGCUGUACGAGAGGAGAAACAGCAUGAAGAGCUUCAAAAUCAGCCCGUUGGGGCCGGGACUGGGCAACAAAUCCGGGUUCGGAGCCGGGCUAUUGGGCUCUCCGAGAAUCGGAACUCCGGAGAUUCUUUCGCCGAGCAUGCUCGAUUUCCCGUCGCUUGCGCUGAGCCCGGUGACGCCGCUAAUACCCGACCCGUUUAACAGGCCGCCGCAGAGAGUGGCGAGUUCCGAGAAUUUGAACAUGGAAGCGGAGGAGAAGGCGAUAGCUAAAAAGGGGUUCUACUUGCACCCGUCGCCGGCGAGUACUCCGAGGGAUACGGAGCCCCGGCUGCUGCCCCUCUUUCCGGUCACCUCCCCCAGAAUCUCAGGUUCUGGCAAUCCUAAAUCUUAAGCAACUUUAUUUUUUGAAAAAAAAAUUGUUUUAAUUUUCAGGGGAAUUCAUUAAUUCGAUGUAUUUGUAUGAUCUUUAUAUGUAAACAUCUCAUUUCUCUUUGAAAUUCGAACUGGCUUCUUUGGGAAUACCAUUAGAUAUUAUAAUUAGUGUUUUGAAAAAAAAUAUUUAUCUAAGACAGCAUUUAGGAUUAGAG